AUGGGAACAUUUGAUAAAAGAGCUAUUGGAUCUUUCCGGACUGUUUUCGAUUUAAACUGUAGAUUUUAUGGCGUCAUAGUACGUGGAAAGACCAGUCACAGAUCUUGCAUUGAGUUAUCAGACCAUGUCAAUAUCAAUGCGAUAAGUCCUGUCUCAAACAUAUAUAGGGGCUACCAAUGUCGAAAUAUGAUAUUCGAAAUACCUUAUGUUCAAGCAUCUCUCACAGUAGCACGCGAAAAGAAUUUAAAAAAGAAGAAGCCUAAUAUAUAUCCUAUUAAGAUAUCACAGCCAGGUGUAGAUGGGGACAAGUAUGAAUGGCCUUUAUGUCGAAAAAAUAACAUCUACGGGCCUAACUAUAGAUCGAAGCACGGUCAUAAGUAUUAUGUUUCUUAUUCAGAUAGGAGUGAUGCUAUACAGGUCAUUGAUAAAUCCAAUCCUAUAUGGAGAGUAUGCCCGUUGAUAGCAAGGACAAUUGUGUCUGGCAAUCACAAAUCAGAUUCCAUCAGCGCCCUCGAACAUGUUGUCCAUGAUAACAAGAAAAGCUAUGACUGCGGUGGUCAGAUAUUCACAGAUUACUAUGUACAAGAAGUAUACACCACGAUGAUGAAAGCGAUAUCAGGCAGACAAUUAUCUGACCUCAACAAACAUUAUCAUCAUAGGUUCGUGAAAGUAGCUCAGGUAGAUGCCACAAACAAAAUCUGGAUUUGGCAUCUUCGCAUUACAGAAACAGAUUUCCAGUAUUCCGAGGCUAAAACUGGCUACAUCCUUGCAAUGAGCCAAAAAUACCAACUUAUCGGUGUAUAUAAAGUUAGGAAGGGAGUGUAUGUUCAAUGUAACAAGAAACAUGACUCGACCGGUUAUUCGACAAAAGGCACUGUUUUUGACGUUGACUUGAACGAAGAUUAUGCCCACUGUGAGCGUUGUAAAGAUGACACUGGAUGUGGUUGCGAAGAAACCUUACAUGACCCAAAACGCCGGAAAAUUUUAUGA